CCGGGAGCACUUGUCAGAGUGAGGUUGCGCAAAUGGGGUUGGGAAUGUACAUUGUACCAUGUCUCGUAGAGGGGAACAUUUUGAUCGGUUGCGAGUAACAGGCGCGCUUGCCCUCAGGCAGAAACACCCGUCAAGACCUCUCUGCUGGUCAAGUCGUACUGAACGUAUCGAAAUACUCGGUUGUCGCACUGGAUGCUUUCACGACGACGUCACAGCCCGACUGACAAGCUAAACCGGAUCCAGAAGCACAGUCCACAUGCCUCGUUGUUUG